AAAAGCAUGUUAAAUUUACAUAUUUUUACUCUAGUUGUCUCUGUCAACGCCUAUCCUAUUAUACCGUGCCUCGUUCCGGGCCCAGGGCAAUAAUGAUGAUGAUGAUGUUGGGUGGUGGGCCGGUGGAGGCAGAGGUUCGGAUUGAAACCGGGUGCGCGCCAUCGAGUUAGGCAAUCCCAAGCCAAUCACGUUUUUCAGUCGCUUCGUUCGGCUUGCUUCGAUAAGGUGCUCUCUUUCCUAAACUAGAAAAGAAAACAACAAUAUCCAAAUCUACGUGAUUAUCGAAGCAACCCUUUUCAUUUUCCAAAACUGUUCGGAACCAGCGACCUUGGUGACAAUGAAGGAGAUUGCCUCGUCCGCGCCUGAAGAGGAAGUGCCCAAACCGCCGGCCAUCGUAUCGUACGCGUUCGAGAAGGAGAUCAUCAACCGGGCGAAUGCGCACAUCCGCGUGACGGACAGCUUUAUGCCGGAUGUGCGUCGGGUGCCGAUAGCGAUCAAGUUCUGGUCCAAGUACGACUCGACCUCGGAGGAGGCCCAGCGCAAGCUGGCCAACGUGCACAAGUACGUGGAGCUGCUGGAGAAGAACAUCACGGAGGGACCGCGGGAAAAGUACCAGGAACCUCGGACGGAGAAUCAGUGUUACGGAUGGCACUCCGGCGCGGUAGACCCACUGGUAACGGAGGACGCCCACCUGUUGUACCACCCUAAGAAGCGCCAAGAAAUCACCCUGAUCGGCGAGAAGAUCAACGCGGACAAGAUCACCCAGCGACCUCGGUUCACCGGAAUCCCGUUCAAACUACCCAGUUGAAAUCGUUUUGAGUAUUUUUGUUUUAUUUUUAGCACAAUAAAUUAACUGUUGAAACAUGUUACGAGCUGCCUA